ACAACCCUUGAAAUGGCAAGGCCAGAACAGAUCCCACCUGUUUGGCCAUACUGGUAAUCAUCUUCGUGUUUCCCUCUCCCAAGUACAUCUAUCAUGGACAGCGAGAAGCGUGAUCGACUUCACCAGGAGAUAUGUCGGGUUGUCGAAUCCAUCCGAGACGAAGACCUAUUCAUCCUCGCCCGCAUAGCUCUCUGCUGGCUCUGCGUCUCCGCACGCCCCAUCCAGUCCCAAGAACUCUGGCUUGCCCUCCUGAUACAGCAAACACACUCAACCAGAGGCAGCGAUCAGCUUGAUGUAUUCAUCAACAAGGGCGUGUCUUUCGACGAGGAGACCGCCACUGCUUCCCUCACUGGCCUGCUCAGAGGCUUGGUAUCCUUUCACCCGGACACUCGCAACCCGGGCCGCAACAAUGUCACCCUGAGCGACCCCGAACUGGCUACGGUCAUGUUUGAGCUAAGAAGUUCAGACCUACCUGCACCGGUGCAGCGACUGGGCUUCAAUGUCCAGCAGGCAAACAUGAUUGUUACUGGGCAAUGCGCCGUCAUCAUCAGCAGGACCGUUCUCCGGUUGGGCCAUGUGUACGACCAAAAUGCCCCCACAUCCUCGCUGGUGCUCUACGCUUGGACACACUGGAACCGACACUGGAGUGUGGCCAGGUGGAACCUGUCUGAUCCUGACGAAGGUGCCGUGGCUGAGAUGAUGAUGAUUGGUGUCAUGACCGAUACCUUGGUCUUCCUACUGGUGCUCAACGACUUCUUGACAGGCCCAAUUUCCAUACCCGCAACUGAAGAGGACCGGGUCCGGUGUACGGGACUUGUCAAACAGGCUCAGGACGCGUUGGAGAGGCCCAUUUAUCUGCUAUCCGUCUUGGCAACAGGAAGCUCUUCCACUUGGUGUAUCCGCUUGCAUCAAGCCCGGCAGGGAUUUGAACGGCGCCCCAACGAAUACGUGCCGAUGAAGUUGAGAACUCCCCCGAGUACACUCACCAAGGUCCAAACAGUAUGGAUCGACCAUGUCCCUAAGAAACUGCGUCAGUUCUACGACGAUGCCAAUGGUUUGACAGCGACACUCAUCUACAUCUUCGCCGACCUAGCUCGCGACCUGCGCUCGCUUGCAGUAAUUAUCGCUCAGAAGCCCAUCUACGAGGAGCUCCUGAAGGAGUAUGACAGUUGGCUCCCGCUCGACAUUCUCUUGAAUGUUGCCAACUUCAUGGAAGGCAUAGCCAGCUACCCCUUCAUGUCAGAGUUACCCAACGGCAACACCCAUAACCCCUUAAUCAUCAAGGAACCGAGCGACCCCGACUAUGACACGGCCUUGUUGGUUCUUAGUCGACUGACAAAGGAGGGGUCCCGCGCCACCAAGCUCAAGGCCCAGAACUCAUCGGUGGACUAUCAAUUGGCAACAAAUGCAGCCCAAUCACAUACUCUCAACAUCGCCCCUUAUCGGCUACGUGCUGCUGCCUUCGUGGAGAAGGCCAAAAGUCUAUGUCAACACUCAAAUGCUCCAGCAACAACGUACACCAUCAACGAUAUACGCUUCCUCUCCCAACGUACCUCCUCCUCCUCCUUUGCCACUUUCCCCCAGCUCCAAGGAAGAGGAGGAGGAGCGGGAUCUAUGCUCACACGCUUCAUACCCUCCCGCCUCUCUCGCCUCCUCCGCGGCGGACCUGCCACUACCACCUCCUCCCAGUCUCAACCCUCUUCUACCAACGCCAACACCGGCACCAAUCCGGACACCACCACCACACCCACCGACAACAACAACAACAGCGGCCUCCCCACGUUCCUCGACAACUUUGCUGCCGGCGCCUUCACGGGCGGCGCCUACGACCGCUGGCCACUUCUCAAAGCCGCUCUGCUCUCCUCCGGCUACGUCUCGGCCUUUGUAUACCUCUUCAUUGCCAUCUUGGUGAACCACAUUCGCACCAUUCUCUGCCCCUGGCUAGGUAACUGGAUGUGGUACACACCCAUGGAGGACCUCCGCCUGGCUUUGGGAGGGAAUAAUCCGGCCUUCUUUCUCGAGUACGCGCUAGGAUUCAGUUGGUGGUGGUACGCCUUUUCGUUUGUGCAGAAGCUGGUGUGGGAUGUGGGCGGGGGGAUGGCGAUUGCCGCGCUGACUGUUGAUGGAGUUCCCGAUCCUUCUGACACUUCCCAAGCCAUCGGAAACGGGGGGAUGAUGUCGACGCUCCAUUUGUUAUCUGACGAUGUCGAUGACGAUGACGAUGACUCGGAAGAGAACAACAACAACAACAACAACAACAAAAAGAUGAAAAGAAGAAACGAGGAGCAAAGAAAGUGGAGGACAAGAAAACUCGAGGCAGUCAAAGUCGGCUAUUUCGUCUGGGCCCUCGCCACCCUCGAACACAUGUUCGCUCGCUCCCUCAACACCGUCACCUUUCUCAUUGCCUGGUACAAACUUGCCUUUCGGGGUGGCGACGCCGAGCACCUGGCCAUGGUCUCGAUAGCCAUCAAGAACUGGACGCGCAUGCCGCUGCAUGUGUCGCAGGUGUAUUGGUACACGAUGAAUGCGCUGUGGCCGAUUGUGCUGAGUGCGGUAGUGCUGGCGGUCGGGGGACAGCCGGGCAUGUUGAUUGUGCUUGGUACCAUUGUGGGAGGGGUGGCGGCGGUGAUCAGGUAUAGGAGUACCGUGUUUAUUGCGUUGGAGGUGAGUGGUGUUUUUGUCGUUAUGGGGUUUUUGGCUGUUUCGGCGGUCUUGUUGGCGGUGGAGUUUGUGGAGGAUCCGUUGGGACUGGAGGCGAGCACGGCGGUGGCGAGGAAGAGAGGCGUUAGGGCGAGAGCGGCGUUGAGCGAGAGGGCGAAGGGUAGGACGAAGAUUCUGGCGAGGGAGGGGGCGCUUUCGCUUUGGGAGGACUCCCAGCAGGAACAACAGCGGGAUGGCAACGAGAAGGUGCCUUCGGGUGAAGCAGAAGCUGAGCGAAGCAGUGUUGCCGUGGAUAGUGAGAAGGGGUGCCAUGAAAAAACUGAGAGUCGGUACCUAGGUGUAAGCAGAGAGGCAGGGGGCAAUAUGUGAGGCGUGAAACAUCAUGUAGUAUAGCUAUCAUUGAGACAUUACAGAAUAAGGCACCUAUACUUUUUU